UAAGGCCCAUCUCUCUCCCUUACUUUUCUUGGCGAAAGGGAAAAGGAAAACCGAAGUUCAAAUACAUCGUCCCGAUCGAGACCUAGGUUCUGCUCUGUGCUCCGAAAUUUCUCAGAAUCACACUGCCGAUCGAAUCAAACCAAAUCUCAACCCAAGAUGAACUUCGACUCUAAUCAAUCUCAACACGGCUCAUUGAUCUCUGAAGCAGCAUCAGAAAGAACACUGUAUCCAUACGUUACUGGUACCUCAGUAAUUGGCCUCAAAUACAAGGAUGGUAUUCUCAUGGCAGCUGAUAUGGGAGGUUCCUAUGGUUCUACCCUGCGCUACAAGAGUGUGGAACGGUUGAAACCUGUUGGGAAGCACUCUCUGCUUGGUGCAAGUGGAGAAAUUAGUGACUUCCAGGAGAUUUUGCGCUACCUUGAUGAGCUUAUCUUGUAUGACAAUAUGUGGGAUGAUGGGAACUCAAUGGGGCCUAAAGAAGUGCAUAACUAUUUGACUCGGGUGAUGUACAAUCGUCGCAACAAGUUUAAUCCAUUAUGGAAUUCACUUGUACUUGGAGGAGUAAAAAAUGGACACAAGUAUCUUGGAAUGGUAAGUAUGAUUGGGGUUCAUUUUGAGGAUAAUCAUAUUGCAACUGGAUUUGGGAAUCACCUUGCAAGGCCUCUUCUCCGUGAUGAAUGGCAUGAAAACUUGAGUUUUGAAGAUGGUGUCAAGUUACUGGAGAAAUGCAUGCGUGUACUCCUCUACCGUGAUAGGUCAGCCGUUAACAAGCUUCAGAUAGCAAAAAUCACAGAAGAAGGAACGACAAUUUAUCCGCCCUAUGCAUUGAAGACUUUCUGGAACUUUGGGGCGUUUGAGAAUCCUACUGCGGGUGCUGUAGGAUCUUGGUAGUGCCGAAACAAAUGCAGUGCCAGAGAGUUGCUGAAUCUGAACUUGUCCUGAAUAUUGACCUUUGAUUCAGUAACAUGUUUAAUAUUUACUUAAUGUGUAACUUGAAUUCUGUUGAAUUACCUGGAGCUCGUAUGCUUUGUUCCCAUAUGAUUGGAAGUGACAAGUGAUACUGUUGAAACCAUCUUUUCUUUUUAAUUGGGAAAUGGCCUGUUAUCUUC